AUGUUCCCUAUUACCCUGGGAACUGAAACAUCUAAGUACCAGGAGGAAAGAAAAUCAACCGAGAGUCCAGAAGUAGUGGCGAGCGAACCUGGAGUAGCCAUCUGGUUAUUGAAAUCUCCAUAUCAGGGGAACCUUCCUCUUGAGGCUAAGUAUGGACCAAUGACCGAUAGAGCAGAGUACCGUGAGGGAAGGAUGAAAAAGCAGCCUGAAGUAGUGGCUCCAGAAGCAGCUGGUAUCUCCCCUGAGAUGGUUCAUGAAGUCGCAGAUGCUCGCGGACGACCAUCUGGUACUAGCAGCCUUGCUGCCAAGGCAACUGCGAGCGUCCGUCCAAAGGCAACACGAUACCCAGUCCAAUACUUUGCCUCACCGAUACCCUGUCCUAGUCCCCAUCCCCCUCUUCUAUUCUCUUAUUUACUAAGUGUAGGUUUUACUUCGCCUUAUACAAGGCGAUUAAUGGUCGCGGACGACCAUAAACUAUCUUACUUGCUGAAAAGUAACCAAGGAGCAGUUAGAAAGGCUCAUGUUUUUGUCUUGUUGCCUGGCACGAGCCUUGAGGCUCUUGCUGCUACUAGCAUGCCGCUGAGACGAUGGUCGCAUGGUAGCAAGGGGGACAACUCUGCCUUACGACUAGUUGGGUCUGUAAAAGGGGGAUCUGGUGUGAUACUAGGGGUAGCGGUACUCCCAGCAAAUGGAUUGAAGCUGGGUCAUCGACCCGGUGGACAUAGCCGGGGUGAGAAUGCUGACAUGAGUAGCACUCUUUCCGCUCUUCAAUUUUACCUGAGCUACAAACCCCGGGUUAUGGCACGACUUUUCCCUACUGCACGCCCUACAGUUGUCAGAGGUCAAACUCUUGGUUGCGGGUUGGUAGUUGGUAGUCGGCGUAGAGGAAAUCCUCUUGAAGGAACUCGGCAAUCUAACCCCGUAACUUAG